UUGUUUGUACAAUGGUGAUGGAGUUUGAGAAAAUUGAGAAUAUAGGUUGCUCGCUCCCUGAUGAUGAGCUGUAGUUUCACACCGUUUCUUCUCUCUCUCUCUCUCUCUCUCUCUGACCCUCUCUUCUUCCCACAUCAAUGCUGUAAUUCUCUUCUCCAAUCCCACACAUAAAAACUCUCUCUCUUUUUCUCUCUCUCUUGGUGUACAAGCACGGAGCACAAGCAACAACAAAAAAACAACAAAGAAAGAAAGAAAGAAAGAAAGAAAGAAAAUAUAUAUACAUAGGCUUUAGGGGGAGAGGGGUAGACAAUAUAUGCUAUGAGGGUUUGGUUUUGCUCUCUCUCUGUCUGAAGAACCCAACUGACUGAAUUCUCUCCUACCCUUUUCACAGCUCUGUCUCCUCUCUCCCUCUCUCUAUUUUCUCUAUCAUCCAUUGAAGCUCCAUUGAAGCUAUAGCUGCUUCAAUGUAAUUCCGUUAAGAGGUUUUUCAAUACCAUCAUCAAGCUUGGAGCUUUUUAGGGGUUUGCCCACAAACCCAUGUAGCUUUAGCUCUCAGGUUUGACAAAUAAUCAUUGAUUUUGCCUCCUGUAUUGAAUUUAUGAUUCUGGAUUCUGUUGGAUAUUGGAUAUAGGUGGUGUUGCUGCAAUUUUUGCUUUUGUAGAAUGUUAUGAAUCUUUUGAAAUAUAUGAGAUAUAUGCUUACAAUUUCAUUGCUUGUUUGAGUAUUAGGGUUUUUGAGGUGAAAAGGGUAUUGAUUUCUGGGUGUGUUUGUGUUCCUUAAGUGGUUUUAGGAAUUGGGUUUCUGAGUUUAAUGGUAUAUGUUUCUGGGUCGGACUUAGUUACUUCACUGAUUAUAAGAUUGGGGCAUUUGAGGUUGAUUAGUGUAUUAGUAUCUGGGUUUGUGUUAAUUGAUUGAGAUAUGAGUCGUAGGGUGCGGCGGAAGGUGGCGAAAAAAGGGAAGGAGAAGAUUGUUUUGCAGGGUUAUCCCGAUGUAGAAGAUGAUGUUUUGGAUUUAGAGAGACAAGAGGAUGUAUAUUGGACUAGCCUGCCUGAUGAUACAGUGAUUCAGUUGUUUUCUUGUCUGAAUUAUCGUGACCGGGCAAGCUUAUCAUCUACCUGCAAGACAUGGAGGCAUCUUGGAAUUUCUCCUUGUUUGUGGUACUCUUUGGAUCUACGUGCACACAAAUGUGAUGCUGUUAUGGCAGCUUCACUUGCUCUUAGAUGUGUGAAUCUUCAGAAGCUUAGGUUUCGUGGUGCAGAGUCUGCUGAUGCGAUAAUACAUCUUCAAGCUAGGAAUUUGCGUGAAAUAAGUGGUGAUUACUGCAGGAAAAUAACUGAUGCGACACUUUCUGUGAUUGUGGCUCGGCAUGAGGCACUUGAAAGCCUCCAGCUUGGGCCAGAUUUCUGUGAAAGGAUCAGUAGUGAUGCUAUAAAAGCAAUAGCAUUUUGUUGUUCUAAAUUGAAAAAGCUUCGCCUUUCAGGAAUUAGGGAUGUUCACGGUGAUGCCAUUAAUGCUUUGGCUAAGCAUUGUCCAAAUUUGACUGAUAUAGGGUUCAUAGACUGUCUCAAUGUUGAUGAGAUGGCUCUGGGAAAUGUAGUAUCAGUUCGUUUCCUCUCAGUUGCUGGGACUUCAAAUAUGAAGUGGGGUGUAGUUUCGCAUCUUUGGCAUAAGCUGCCAAACUUGACUGGGUUAGAUGUUUCAAGAACCGAUAUUGGUCCAACUGCUGUUUCAAGAUUAUUAUCAUCAUCACAGAGCUUGAAGGUUUUGUGUGCCUUGAAUUGUCCGGUUCUUGAAGAAGAUGCUAAUUUGUCUGCCAAUAAAAAUAAAGGAAAAUUGCUACUUGCCCUUUUUACUGAAAUUUUCAAAGGAAUAGCUUCUUUAUUUGUCGAUACAACGAACAAAGGGAAAAAUGUGUUUUUGGAUUGGAGGAAUUCAAAGAAUAAGGACAAAAACUUGGAUGAAAUCAUGAAUUGGCUAGAGUGGAUCCUAUCCCAUACACUUUUGCGUAUUGCUGAGAGCAAUCAACACGGUUUGGAUAAUUUCUGGCUCAAGCAAGGUGCAGCGCUGCUGCUCAGUUUAAUGCAGAGCUCACAAGAGGAUGUUCAAGAAAGGGCAGCUACUGGACUUGCAACAUUUGUUGUCAUUGAUGAUGAAAAUGCCAGCAUAGAUAGUAAAAGGGCCGAAGCAGUCAUGAAUGAUGGUGGCAUAUGCCUCCUUCUGGACUUAGCAAAAUCUUGGCGGGAAGGGCUUCAGUCAGAGGCUGCAAAGGCUAUAGCAAAUUUGUCUGUGAAUGCGGAAGUUGCAAAAGCGGUUGCAGAAGAAGGAGGAAUCAAUAUUCUUGCUGGUUUGGCAAGGUCCAUGAAUAGACUGGUUGCUGAAGAAGCUGCUGGAGGACUAUGGAAUCUUUCUGUUGGGGAAGAGCACAAGGGUGCCAUCGCUGAAGCUGGAGGAGUAAAAGCUUUAGUUGAUCUUAUAUUCAAAUGGUCCACUGGUGGUGAAGGAGUCCUGGAACGUGCAGCUGGUGCAUUGGCAAAUUUGGCAGCGGAUGACAAGUGUAGCACAGAAGUUGCAAUAGCAGGCGGUGUACAUGCUUUGGUUAUGCUUGCUCGUAAUUGCAAAUUUGAUGGAGUGCAAGAGCAGGCUGCUCGUGCCUUGGCUAAUUUGGCUGCUCAUGGAGAUAGCAACAAUAAUAAUGCUGCCGUUGGACAAGAGGCAGGUGCUCUUGAAGCACUUGUUCAGCUUACUCGUUCUCCUAAUGAAGGUGUCAGGCAAGAAGCUGCUGGUGCAUUGUGGAAUUUAUCAUUUGAUGACAGAAAUCGAGAAGCAAUUGCAGCAGCUGGUGGCGUUGAGGCCUUGGUUACUCUUGCACAAUCCUGUUCAAAUGCCUCCUCGGGUCUUCAAGAGAGGGCUGCCGGUGCUCUCUGGGGAUUGUCAGUGUCAGAAGCCAACAGUGUUGCUAUUGGACGUGAAGGUGGUGUAGCACCUCUAAUUGCAUUGGCGCGCUCUGAAUCUGAGGAUGUCCAUGAAACUGCUGCAGGAGCUCUUUGGAAUCUUGCUUUUAAUCCUGGUAAUGCUCUCCGUAUUGUGGAGGAAGGAGGAGUUCCUGCCUUAGUUCAUCUUUGUUCUUCUUCGCAAUCAAAAAUGGCACGAUUCAUGGCUGCAUUAGCCUUGGCAUACAUGUUUGAUGGGAGAAUGGAUGAAUAUGCUCUGGUAGGAACUUCAUCAGAAAGCACUUCAAAGAGUGUGAGUUUAGAUGGCGCUAGAAGGAUGGCUUUGAAGCACAUUGAAGCCUUUGUCCUUACGUUUUCUGAUCCACAUGCAUUUGCUGCUGCUGCUGCAUCAUCAGCCCCUGCAGCAUUGUCGCAAGUAACAGAAGGAGCUCGUAUUCAAGAAGCAGGGCAUUUGAGAUGCAGUGGGGCUGAAAUUGGGAGAUUUGUUGCCAUGCUACGAAAUCCAUCAUCUAUACUCAAGGCAUGUGCUGCAUUUGCUCUUCUACAGUUUACUAUUCCUGGUGGCCGGCAUGCUAUGCACCAUGCGAGCCUUAUGCAGAAUGCAGGAGCAGCACGAGUUCUGCGUGCUGCUGCUGCUGCAGCCACUGCCCCACUUGAAGCAAAAAUAUUUGCAAGAAUUGUACUUCGCAACCUUGAGCAUCACCACAUGGAACCAUCACUUUGAAGACUAAUUCAGCUGUCAAAUCACAAUCGGGCUGGAAGCAAUUUCGUAUUUAGUUAUGGAGGUUCCAUGUAUGGCUGUGCCAAUUUCAUAUUUACUUAUGGAGGUUCCAUGUAUCGACAGCCAUAUAACGCAACACAAACACAUUCUACUCUCUGUAAGCUCUAUGUAAAAGAACCAUACCAUGUACUGUAGAAAUGUGUUUAGUCUUUUUCCUUUCAGGCCCCAUUCUUAGGCAUUUAAAGUUGGUUUAUUUAGGUUUGAGUGAGGUUUUUUUUUUACCCCUUUUGUAACAAAUCUUAUUAAAGGUACUUUAGGUUGGGGAUGGAUCUAAGAACCAUUACCUUAUCAUAUAUAUAUUUUUUGUCUGUAUUCUCUGUGACAAAAUCAUCCAUAUAUCAUAUUAUUUAAGAGCUGCUUUUAGACUUGCUAAGGCUUGGCUCAUUUUACAUAAUCAA